AUGUUCUCAAGAAAGAAACGAGAGCUCAUGAAGACACCGUCGAUCUCAAAAAAGAGUCGAGCAGGAAGCCCUAUACCGCAAACGCCAUGCGAGCUGCCCCGGAAAGAUGGAACCGAUCCACCCCCAAGCGGAGUAGGCGGCAUGGGCGAGCUGUCCCCCAAACACAGCCCCGGCCCCAUGGGGACCCUGAAGCGGCCGACCAGCCUGAGCCGCCAUGCAAGUGCAGCAGGUUUUCCCCUCUCGGCACCGAGCACCUGGACCCUGGGCAGGGCCCACAAGAGCCCCAUGUCCCACAGCCCCGUGGAGGCUAACGAGGGGCUCUUCACUGAGGUGGAAGACAUUUCUCAGCUGCUGGUGUUCGUGGCCCGCUUUGCCGAGGGGCUGGAGAAGCUCAAGGAUGCAGUUAUGCGAGAUGAGCACCUGGAGGCUCGGCGGCCGUUGGCACACGAGUGCCUGGGAGAGGCCCUGCGGAUCCUGCGCCAGGUCAUCAGCAAAUAUCCGCUGCUCAAUACGUUGGAGACGCUCACCGCUGCCGGCAACCUCAUCUCCAAGGUCAAAGGUUUUCACUAUGAGGUCAACAAUGAGGCAGACAAGCGGGAGUUCGAAAAGGCCUUGGAGACAAUCGCAGUGUCCUUCAGCAGCACUGUGUCUGAGCUCCUCAUGGGGGAAGUGGACAGCAGCACUCUCCUCUCCGUGCCCCCAAGUGACCAGAACCAGUCCAUGGAGAGUUUAUAUGGGGGCAUCCAGGGCGCAGAUGGCAUCCAGUCUGGCACAGAGAACUGUGAUUCAGGCUGUCUCCUCUCAGCAGAGGAGGUGGACAUCAUGCUGCAGCGUUGCGAGGGGGGCGUGGAAGUGGCCCUGCAGUACGCCAAGAAUAUCUCCAAAUACAUGAAGGACCUCAUCUACUACCUAGAGAAGAGGACCUCGUUGGAGAUGGAGUUUGCCAAGGGUCUGCAGAAAGUGGUGCACAGCUGCAAACAGACCAUCACCCAAGAGCCACACAUGCCCUUCCUGUCCAUCUACUCUCUGGCCCUGGAGCAAGACAUGGAGUAUGGCCAUGGCAUGCUGCAGGCUGUCGGCACCCUACAGAAUCAGACCUUCAUGCAGCCCCUGACCCUGAGGCGCUUGGAGCAUGAGAAGAAGAGGAAAGAAGUCAAGGAGCUGUGGCAUCGGGCCCAGAGGAAGCUGCAAGAAGCAGAAGCAAACCUACGCAAGGCAAAGCAGGUGUACGUCCAGCGCUCCGAGGAACACGAGGCCAGGCAGCGGGCAGUGAAAGUAGAAGAGGAGCAGCAGGGCAGCAGCGCUGCCAGCAAGGCCCUGGAUAAGAAGAGGCGGCUGGAGGAGGAGGCCAGGAACAAGGCAGAGGAGGCCAUGGCCACGUACCGGACCUGCAUCGCCGACGCCAAGACGCAGAAGCAGGAACUGGAGGACAUGAAGGUGAACGUUCUGCGGCAGAUCCAGGAAGUGAUCAAGCAGAGCGACCAAACUAUCAAGUCGGCCACCAUCUCCUACUACCAAACCAUGCACAUGCAGACGGCUCCGCUGCCCGUCUACUUCCAGACCCUGUGCGAGAGCAGCAAGCUUUACGACCCGGGCCAGCAGUACGCCUCCCACGUGCGCCAGCAGCAGCGAGAUGACGAGCCAGACAUCCAGUACGACUUCGAACCCUAUGUGUCACAGAACGCUUGGUCUCCUCAAGCCCGCUCCCGGAAGGCCAGCUUCAACUCCAGCGACUUCGGCAGCGUGGCGGAGGGAGGGGAACCCUCCAGAGAAGGAGCCGGCCCCGACGGGGGGGCGGUGCCGAAGGAGAGGCGAGGCGGGCGGGGACACCAAGUCCACAAGUCGUGGCCUUCCACCCUCCUAGACUCGGUCGGCAGCCUGGACUCCAACGUUACCGGCUCAGGAGACUUCAACAAGAAGUUCGAGCGGACCUCCUCCAGUGGCACAAUGUCAUCCAACGAGGAACUGACCGAAAAGGAGGGAGGCCCGACUUCGUUUGAGCAGACAGACCUCAAUGGCAUCGCCCCUGACAUCUCGGUACCCUCCGGUCCCUUCCGCAACGUGGGGCUCUCCAAGGCGGCGCAGACUCACCGGCUUCGCAAGCUGCGGGCCCCCUCCAAGUGCCGUGAAUGCAACAGCUACGUCUACUUCCAGGGCGCCGAGUGCGAGGAGUGCUGCCUGGCCUGCCACAAGAAGUGCCUGGAGACCCUGGCCAUCCAGUGCGGGCACAAGAAACUCCAGGGGAAGCUGCAGCUGUUCGGGCAGGACUUUCAGGAGGUGUCCCGGAGCACGGCCGACGGCAUCCCCUUCAUCAUUAAGAAAUGUAUCUGCGAGAUAGAGCGGCGGGCACUCAAAACAAAAGGCAUAUACCGGGUCAACGGUGUGAAGACACGAGUGGAGAAACUCUGCCAGGCCUUCGAGAAUGGCAAGGAGCUAGUAGAGCUGUCUCAGGCCUCCCCCCAUGACAUCAGUAACGUCCUGAAGCUGUACCUGCGUCAGCUGCCGGAGCCCAUCAUUUCUUUCCGCCUGUACCACGAGUUGAUGGGGCUGGCCAAGGAGAGCCUGAAGGCCGAGGCCGAGGCCAAGGCGGGCCGGGGCCGGGCCGAAGAGCUGGCCGAGGAGCUGGAACGAGACCUGAUGGCCAUGGCGGGCAAGCUGCGGGAGCUGCUGCUGGAACUGCCCCCCGAGAACAGGGCCACACUGAAGUACCUGCUGCGGCACCUGCGGAGGAUUGUGGAAGUGGAACAGGACAACAAAAUGACCCCCGGAAACCUGGGCAUCGUCUUUGGGCCGACGCUGCUGCGGCCCCGACCCACCGAGGCCACUGUGUCCCUCUCCUCCCUGGUGGAUUACCCGCACCAGGCCCGCAUCGUGGAGACCCUCAUCUCGUUCUACGGCAUCGUCUUCGAUGAGCCCCAGCUUGGGGACGGGCAGGGGACGUCCUUGUCCCAGGACGACCAGGAUGAUGGUUCUGCUCAGAAAGUCGAGGGGGCUGGUCAGGUGCCCCACGUGGAGGUGAGUGAGGUAUCGGAAUUCAGCGCUCAGCCCGAGCUGGAGGACCCCGUGGACGUGGACCAAGAGCCCAGCAGCCACUCCAUCGACUCGGACUCGGAGCUGGAAGAAGGCUCGGAGCUGCAGGCGUCGGACGGAGCCAUCUCCCUCCACCGGCUGAGUCUCCUGGGGCAGCCGGAGCAGGAGGCCACCGCGGAGGAGGAGGAGGAGGAGGAGGUCCGGAGUCGGAGCAGCAGCCUGCAGCAGGCGGACCCCAGCCCGAGCGACGCAGAGGAGGAGGACGAAGACGCCGCGGGCCAGCAGCUGUCCGCCUACAACACCAACCAGUCCAACAACGUCGUUCUGGCAGGGACCGACGGGGAGCCGGGAGGCCGGGCCGGGGGCUGGCAGUUACCCAUGGUGCGGCUCCGGGCCGGAAAGAUCACGAUGGGCGCCCGCCGGGGGCGGCGGCCCGAGUUUGUGUGAGAAGCUUCUGUCGCCGGCAAAGAUUCAUCCUCCGGGAUGAUCUCUGAACAGAGAGAAGCAGGAGAGGUGUUUUCUUUGUCUGGGAGCGGGGUGUGCGGGUGAGGAGGAGCGGAGAGAGGGGCGCGGGAAGCAGCGGGAGCGUUGGCUACCUUCCCCGAGGGGGCUGGGCUUCUCUGACCUGGGUAUUGAGGCUGUCCUCAGUGGACCCACCAUCCCCAGGGGCUCAAACCCACUGCUGAUCGAAUGUUGGCUGCUCCUUUUCACACAGCUUUUCUCUUCCACCUUCUGUUUGAAGCGGAGUCAGCCACCAAGUGUGUCUCUGCCCGCCUCAGGUUACCAGCUGGGCUGAGAAGAGUGGGACUCCACCAAGAGGAGAGGGGAGAGGUCCAGCCUGGGCCAGGGCUUCCCUGAUGGGGACUCCCAGGUCGGACGGUUCAGGAAUCCAGUCUGAGUCCCUUCCGGACCCUGGACUUCUGUUAGGUUCCAAUUAAGGCCUCGGGGAAUAAGCCCCGGUUCUCAGGCCCAAUCAUCACGGGAUCACUGGAGCUGGUAGCACCUGGGCAGCCCCUCUGCUUCCUAAUUCAUCGAUGACCCCCUGAGGAAGUGUUUCCUCGGUCCUGUCUUACGGUGGCCCAGGAAACCUUCCCUUCCCUUUCCCCCAACCCUGAUUCCCUAGAAAAAGGCAGGACUCCUCCAGGCCUCAGCCUCACUCCUUUCUUCCUUCCUUCCUCCAGCCUUGUAGCAUUUUUCAGUUAAAACCGACUCCUUCUUGGGUUGGGUCCAGUUUAGCGCUUGGUGGGGUGGGGGUGGGGGUAGUUUUUAUAUGUUAAGUAUACAAGUUGGGACUAAUUUUAGCCCUAAAACCAAACUGGUUGUCUAAAGGUGAAAAUGAGCUGUGUUGUCGUGCUUUGGGAAAGUGUCAGCGGCUGCACCUCACCGGUCUACCACUGAAUCAGCUGGCCCAACCCUUUCCGUUAAUGUGCUGGGUAAUCCUGAAGGUGACACUCGAGCUCUCUGUAGACUAGACUGACCGCUUCCAUCCACCCUUUUAAGUUUACUGAGGAUGGUGAGAAUGGAAAAAAAAAAAAAAACCAAACCUCCAGAAAGAACUAAAGAGGAAAUGGAGGGCAAAGAGGUCAUUUCAGGCCCCAAAGCAGCUGACACCAAGGUAGAAGGGA